ACGAAUUCAUGUAAUCCGAGAUCGAUAGGACUCGUGAACGGAGUUUCUUCACGGGGUGAAAUUUGGAACGGUGUAGGAAAAGUGCGUGCGAGAGGAGCUUCGUAGUUGCGACGAUCGGCACAGGUGCCAGAAGACGAUGGCGACAUGAGCCAACUGGUCAACAUGAGAAACGGGCAAAGAAGUCAUAGGAUCGGAUAAUCAGCCCGAUCGCGGACAACCCGACUAGAUAUGUCAAACGAGUGAGCGAGUCUACGAGCAACAAAAGGACCUCUGAUCUCAUCGCCUUACGAGUGCUUCUUUUUAUUUCAAACAAAGAUCGAUUGAACCCAGUCACAUGGCAAUGACGUAUCUUGUUUGAUAGUUGCACGAGUAAUUCCUUUAGGGCUACGAGGCGAAUUUUUUUUCACCUCGAUAAUCGAAUCUUUACGUCAUCAAAUCACAAGAAACAGCAUGAGUUCCGUGUGGAAACGACUUCAGAGAGUGAACAAGAGAGCGGCGAAGUUUCAAUUCACCGUAUCGUAUCACGAGGUUACUCUUGAAACUACGUCGAAAUGGAGGCCGAACAAAUUAAGCAUAGUUUGGACACGGAGAAGCCGCAGAGUCAGCACGGACCCACUGGAAUGGGAACCGUCCUUGAGUGAUCCCUUGAAAGGAGUCGUACAAUGGCCGGUGCCAGACAAUCAUACCGUUUCCGUUACUUUAUUCAAAGAUCCUAGGACUCACGAGUUAGAGGAUAAAGAUUGGACUUUCGUCGUCGAAGAUGUUUCGGUAACGGGUAAAAGGCGCCAUGUAGCUGCAGCAAAUAUAAAUAUGAAAAAAUAUGCAACGCUUGAAUCUAGUCAGCAACAACUUAAAUUAGACUUGAAACCGACUUCCAAAAAAAUUGUUAGUGCAACGUUAGAAUGUACCUUAUCCUGUGUCUUUCUCAGAGAAGGAAAAGCCACAGAUGAAGAUAUGCAAAGUAUGGCUAGCUUAAUGUCCGUAAAUAAUAACAGUGACAUUGCACCUCUAGACGACUUUGAUAACGAAGAUAUACCUGAAGACGUGGAAGAAGUGUCCUUAAAAAAUAUAGAUGAGAUUUUGGACAUCUCUACUCAACUUGAUCUCAUGACGAAUAGUCUCACAGAGAGUGAAUUACCUAGUACUCCAGUUAGCGUGGCCAGCUUAUCAAAAGAUGAAACAACUCCUGUAAACGAAGAUAAUCACUACAUUCAAGAAAUUAAUAGAUCCAUGUGCAUUGUUGAUUCCAUAAAACAAAAGUCACCACUGAAGAAUGAAAUUGCCGUCGAAAAUGAUAAAAAUACAGAACACGCUUCUAUGCGAUUGCCUCUGCGACCUUUAGAAUUAAAGAAAAGUGAGAUUUGCACGCCCAAAUUGAAGGAAACUACGCCAGGUCAAGACUUAUUGGAAUGGUGCAAAGAAGUAACUAAAAAUUAUCCUGGAGUAAAAGUUACUAAUCUGACCACGUCCUGGCGUAAUGGAAUGGCGUUUUGUGCAGUUAUUCAUCAUUUCAGACCAGAUCUUAUUGAAGUUGACGCUUUAUUAUCACACGACGUUAAAGGCAAUUGCAAAAAGGCAUUUGACGCUGGAGAAGCUUUGGGGAUACCUAGAGUAAUUGAGCCUGCAGACAUGGACAUCUUAACGGUACCUGAUAAAUUAGCUGUGAUGACAUAUUUGUACCAAUUAAGAGCUCACUUUACUGGCCACGAACUAGAGGUACAUCAAAUUGGUAAAACGACCGAUGAAUCAUCAUACAUGAUCGGCAGAUUUAACACAGACGACAAUACAGACGUUAGUGUUCAACUUUUUGGUCAAGAAAUUAUUAAUUUGCGUAAAAAGGAGCAGACGGACCAAAGGAAUAAUAAAACAGAUAAUAGACGGUCCAAUCCUUUUGAUGUUAAGAAGGAAGAUAUUAAUAUUGAUUCAAUUAAAAAUAAAUUGCAUUUGAGCUUAAAUCCAGACUAUCCAGAUCAUGAGCAAUACAAUAAAGAUAAAUCGCCGUCCAGCGUUAAAGAUGUUAAAGAUAUAAUACUGGCUAGUUCAAAGAGUAUUCUAGGGAAAGUACUGUCUCCAACUAAAGAAAAAUACACAAUUAGAGACAAGAGCGCUUCUCCGCCAAGAACAACCCAAGUACCACAACGUCCAAUCUUAAUGACCAGACGGCAAUUAACGGAUCCUUUCGGCUCAGAUGAAGAAGAUGAAAAUAUACAAAUUGUCGAUGAAAAAUGGUCACAGUCCAUUUCCACUAACAAGUCGCAGUCGCCCAGUCGAGAUGAUUCUAUAAAAUCUGAAAGGAAUAGUCGAGAAAACUCAGAGCGUCGCGGGACGUCACCAUCGCAAGGAGAGCAACGUUCACAACACCCCCUAGUCACUCGUCAUGAUGAGCUUAGAGAAAGAGCUAGGCAACUUUUAAAACAAGCUAGGGGUCAGUCAAAAUCGGGUGGACUUACGUCGCCCGCUACAAGUCCUGUGCAGACGAUAUCUUUUCAGUCUCAAUGUGACGAGGACAGGCAACAACAAUUGAGAGAAAGAGCGAGACGUUUGAUAGCGGAAACUAGGAUGGGUGUUACAGUUACUUCAAGUCAAAUUGGCGAAGAUAAUAAUAGUGACAGAAGAUCAACAGACGGUCAAAAUAAUAGUCCGAGAAGAAGCAUGACACCCUCUACCCCGGGUGAUCGUUUAAGCAUGCAAUCCGAACACAAUGGAAAUAUAAUAGCUAAUACGAGUACUGCAGAUGGAGACAAAAAGAGUGGAUCUCCUCUGUAUUCAUUUUCGAAAAUUAUAGAAAGAAUUUCACCUGAGAAGACAAGUCCAGACGGAAGUCCGUACACUUUAAGAACGUUGGGUAAAGAUAUGACGACGUACAUUCAAAAUGAACUUGAAGCGCUUGAAAGAGAACAAAGUCAAAUUGACGUUCAAGCGGCUAAACUCGAAAAACAACUCAGAACUGCCAUGGAGAGUGAUAACGAAGAAGAAACUGAAAGGCUGAUGUCGCUCUGGUUUACCCUAGUCAAUAAAAAGAAUGCUCUUUUACGGCGACAGAUGCAAUUGAAUAUUCUAGAGAAAGAAGAUGACUUGGAACGUCGUUUUGAGCUCCUGAAUCGUGAACUGAGAAGCAUACUCGCAGUUGAAGACUGGCAAAAAACUGCAGAGCAAAAAGUUCGUGAAAAUCUCCUUUUGGAAGAGCUAGUAUCCAUUGUCAAUAAAAGGGAUGAGUUAGUACAUCAUCUUGACACCCAGGAGAGAGCAAUCGAGGACGAUGACGAAAUAGAACGUAAAUUAUCCCGUGCUGGCUUGGCGCAACGGAAUAAGAAUUGCGUUGUUCAAUGAAAGUUUGAAUAGGAGCAUUUUAUAUAAUUCUUCGAAUUGAAGGUGCGCCUCACAUUGCUGUGCAGUUGCCAAAGAGAUGAAGAACAAAAUUCUGUUAUUGCGAACAACUUAUUGAAAAGAGGGUGAUGCAAUGUUAGCAGAUAUGCCGCUUUCAAUCCAUUGAUACUUUGCGAGAAACGGUAGAUUGGCGUACGGUCGUGAUUUCAAAUGAUGCUUUAACUUAAGAAUGCAAAUAAUCGAAAAGAGGGAAAAGCGUUUUAAUGGAAAGCCUAACAGAGGUGGUGUGCUAGACUGUAAAGUCAACGUUCCUUUAUUUGUACAAUUUGUCGAUCAGUCAUCACAUCGUCACUAUGCGAAAGAAAGUUCACUUUCCAGCGUUUUGAUCAUAAAAAAAAAAAAAGAAAUAUCCCGAAUUUAUUAUUAGAAGGGAAGAAAUCGAGUGAUUAUUUACGCAUCACGUUUUAAGAAUUGAGUUUUAAAGGGUGGAAGUCCAGGAAAUAGUGUCUAAUUCAAUCAGAAUUUCUGCGAUUGACUUCUCCUAAUGACACAUGUACUCAACGGUGUGCCAUACAAGUUUCCUAUAAGAAGUCUGCAUGUGUACUCACUAUACAAACUGAGCUCCACAAAAUCGUUCUAGCUCUCACGUGCAAUUUUUCAAAGGUAUAUUUUUUAGUAUCGAUUUUAUAACCGACAUAGUAUAUUGUUUGUACAGGUUUCGUCUCCACUAUUUAUUUCUUCAGAUAUUAACACUAGUGGUCAUGUUAACGUAUUACGUGAUAAACAUUAAUUAUUUCACUAAAGCUUGCUCGUUGCCUGAUGGACUAGAAAAACCAUUAUAGCUACAUUUCAUGACUUCAUGAGAGUAGUUUUUAUCUAUCUCAAACGAGACAUCGAAGGAAUAGGAAAUCCUUAACCACUAACUAAUUGUACAACCAAUUUACUGACUCAUCUCGAUUGCAUACUAACAUACAUGCCAUUAACAUCAAUGACUCGAUCUUAACGUAUGAAGCCGCGUAUUUGGCCUAAUCACGAAAAUUAAGUUUUAAUCUUAGUCUAUUUUUCAAAUCGACGAUUUUAUAUUUUAAAGGUGAAAUCUCUUAGAUUCUAACUUCACUUUAGAUUAUUAGCGAGGUCUUAAAUUUGAGGAAGUAUUUACAUAAUGUUGGAAAGUACAGUUUAUAAAUAUUCUUGUUAAAGUACCACCCAUUCAGUGAUUUCGAUAUAAUCAUUUAGGUUGUCUUCGAUUAAUACUAACUGAAAAGCUUUGUUACGUGUACGUAUUAAAUUUAUUUAAGAUAUUGGCUAACGCCACGAAUUAAAUAUCCUAACGACCUCGGGAAUUUCUUCUGUAGAAGAGUCACAUUAGGAUGCAAUAUACUUUGCACAAUGUAGAUUAUAUUAUCGUCUUUGUAGAGCGAAGAAACGCUAUUUUUUUAAAAUUCUUCACGUUCAUCUUAUCGAUAUCAAUUUCCUUAAGAAUGGGAAUACCCGUGAUGACGUUGAGUCGGGUACUGAAACUAUGCGCGACAAGUUGACUUCUUGGCGAUCCUAAACCAUAUCCCUCGAAAAUUUUAAAGCUUCUCUUACUCAUGUAUCAUAGGAAAUACAUGUCCCAUACAUAGAAAAUGAAACGUAAGUCGAGAUUUCCCCCAGAGGAUGCAGAAUUUAAAGAGAAGUCAUUGAUACGCGGUACUCGAUUUAACAGCUUAAUACGUAUAUCUGUGCCGAGCCUGUAGCAUUUAUCACCUAGCUCCAAUGUUCCAGUUACUAUAUCAUAUUACUGUAACAUCAUGAAAGCUUUAACACAGUGUACUGCAUAAGCACUUAAUUAUUUUUAAAUGAGAAAUUAUUUUUCUUUUAAAAUUACACGCAAUUCCGCGUUGCGGGGCGCGAGUUCGACGCCGCUCGGAAAAUUGUGAAUGGCUAGUUACAGAAAUUGCGCGUAAUAAAGAAAUUACCCAAAACCGCGGUAAUUAACUGACAAUGACUCGGUGUGUAGUUGUCGACACUGUAAAUAUCAAGUUUUCAUAAUUCAUAAGUUUUUCUAUUGUAUUGCUAUACUUCAGGUUUUAAGUAUCGUUAAAGGUAUAAGAAAAGGAAAAUCAUUUUAUCCGUGGGUUCUCUCAUUAAGCCACUUUCUUAAUUCGGAAAUUCCGAAUAGCGUGUCGGUAGGGUUCAAUGUUUUUGUUCUAAAACUACCUAUCCUUUAAGAAUUUAAGGAUUCCACUGGUAGGAGAUUCGUAUAUCUGCACGCUCACGCAUACAUACAUGUACGUACUUGCGACAUCACCGUGCACUUGACGAAGAUGUACUCUACGUGAAACACUCUCUCUUUUUUUUUUCUUCUUGUAACACUACUAAUUUAUUUUAAGCUAUAAUUUUCAUAUUUUAUGAAUAACUGAGAAUGACUCUUGCCAUUGACUACGUAGUCAUGCGAAAUUUAAAAGAAAGCGAAGAACGUAAACUUGUCAUCGUGUACGGACAGUUGAACACGUGUUUGUGCAAACUGUCAAACGUAUCUCGCAAUAUCCACUAGUAGAGUAAGACUAAUAAAAUGCUGUAAAAAAUGA